GAGACAUACGAAGAAAAAUCACGAAAGUGAUAAUUAUGGGCGAAUUAUAUAUGGAUGGAAAGGUCUUGUCUUCUUUAACACAAAUACGUCACUAAAAAGUUUUAUAGAUAUCGGGGAAAUGCAAGAAAUGUAAUUAUAAAAGGCCCUUCUCAGCCCCCCAGACGAACGAUAUUUCGCAGUCGAAAACGGUCGACAAUAAUGACGUCACACAAUAAACCGCUCUUCAUCUCUCUCUCCAUACUGCAUUGAUUCCCCUAGUUUGCUGCCUUUUGCUGGAUCUGUAUUUAUUGUCCAAAUUUACCAUUUUUCGUGUAAUGUGACGUCGGAUUCCUGUUUUUGAACACUAAUUGUGUUACUGCACACUUUUUAAUUGAAUUGUCAACUUGUAAAGUGUGAUUUUGACCUCUGGAUUUGGAAGUCUUCGUUGUGUUGCUUCACAAGUUCACUAGUACAGUACAGAUUCCAGUGGUGUAUGUUGAAAAACCCCAAGCUGUAGCGGGCUAUGCGCUGCUGGCUGCCGGGGUACUGCGGGGGAGCCGAUGCUGCACGCUACGCUGUUUGAUUACAAGGUGUGCUUUGGAGAUGGAAUCAUCAGAAAAUGGCAACCACGGCAAACCUAAAGAAGGCAAAAAGAAGAGGAAAACUGGUAGCCGGUGCAUCGUAUAUGGAUGCGGGAAUACCAUAUAUCAGGGUUUCGCUAUGCACCAAAUGCCAGGAAAGAUGCCACUAGGGCAAGAACGAUUUGAUAGCAUUCAGAAACAGUGGAUUGCUUUCAUUGGGAGAAAAAGAAAAUUUGACUAUAAAGAUGCAAAACAAUAUGCAAAAAUAUUUGUAUGUAGUGGCCACUUCCUGCUUGAAGACUACGAGCCAACACAAGUAGAAAUGUAUAGGAGAAGACUAAGGACACGACCACCAUCGUUAAAGGCUGGUUCUUCUCCUUCUUUGGAUAUUGCUGUACAGCCAUUCCCAUCCGACUGGUUCUUGCCUUCACCAUCUUCACUUCUGUCUUUGGGAUCAAUACCACCUUCAGGCACAUCAACAGCGGAUAGUCCAUGCUCUGAGGUCGCCAGUGCCAGCUGUUCAGUACCACCUACACCUGCCAUUAAUGCACCACCUUCAAGUGAUUUCCAAAGUGCGUCUCUCUUGGCCCUUGGUCCUGAUAAGCCAAAGCGAAGCCGCAAGGAAUCCAUAUACAUCAGAAAAAGAGAAGCUGAUGCACUGUUCAUUGAAUAUGCCAGACAAGCAGAGGAAGAACAAGCCCAAGACAUUCUUGAUCGCUCAAAAGGAGAACAGUGUGGCGUCAGAACUGCUGAUCGCAAAGUUGGAAUUCGUGUACAGAAACGUUCCUGCAAAGUUCAUGUAAAGCCGAAGACCAUGUCAAAAGGAACUCAAGUAAACAUGACACAGAAGACACAUAGUCAGCAUCCAGUAGGCCUUCAGAUUUCAGAUGCUGGUACUCAAACUGAGACAACUAAUACACAGGACAAGGAUGAGGAUAUGCUGGAUGAAGAACCUGAUGAGGAUCCAGACUUUGAGAUAGGUUCAGAUUCGGAUGAGAAGAAAGAUCCAACCUACAAGCCAGGCACAUCCAAAAGAAAUAGAAGCUCAUCAGAUGAGGAAACAUACAAAGUGACCAAAUCAGAUGAUGUACUGAAAGAAGAAAAGUACAUAGUAUUUGAAUCCAACCUGUUUGCCUUGUUCAACAGUUGCUUCAGUUGUCUUUCUAGUGAUGUGCAGGUUGAGAAGAUAUGCCCUAGAUCUUUUGGCUCACAGAUUAAGAUCAGGCAAACAUGUCUGAAGUGCUGUAGGAUUAAGGAGUGGCACAGUCAACCAAGAGUUGGGAAUGUUUCUGCUGGAAAUUUGCUGUUGUCUGCAGCCAUUUUGUACGGUGGAGCCAGUCCAACCAAAGUAUUGCGAGUAUUCCAGCAUAUGAAUUUGAAGGCAGUCACAAACAACACCUUCCUGGAAUAUCAAUCUACGUACUUACAGCCAGCCAUCAUUAGGGUGUAUGAACGAGAGCAAAGGUCUCUCCUCAGAGAGUCAAGAGGGGAAAAACUGAUCUUGGGAGGAGACGGCCGUGCUGACUCACCAGGCCAUUCUGCCAAAUAUGGCAGCUAUGCCCUUAUGGACAUGAAAACAAAGAAGAUCGUUGAUGUGGAGCUUGUGCAGAGCAAUGAGGUGACAAGUUCAAACGCCAUGGAGAAAGAAGGUUUGGCAAGGGGAUUGGCGAAGCUUUAUGGAAUGGGAGUGGAGGUAGGAACCCUCAUCACAGAUCGACAUGCCUCGGUGGCUAAGUGGUUACGGGAGACAUACCCAGAGAUUGAUCACCGUUAUGAUGUUUGGCAUAUCGCAAAAGGAGUGAGGAAGAAAAUCACAGCUGUAUCAAAGCUGAAGAAUUGCGAGGUAGCUCACAUGUGGAAGCAGUCGAUGAUCACCCACAUAUACUGGUCUGCUGCAUCUACUCCGGAUGGGGAUGGGAAUAUGAUGGUAUCGAAAUACAAGUCUGUCUUCAACCACAUGAGAGAUGUGCAUGUUCAUGAAGGCGUGUAUCCUAAGUGCGGCCAUGAUGAUGAAUACCCUCCACGUGAAUGGAUGAGAGAAGGAACAAAAGUCUAUGAGAAGUUGUCUGAAGAGCUGCUGAAAACUCGCCUGCUGAAUGACAUGAAGAAAAUGUCACCUCUCGCACAAACCAGUUCGGUGGAAUCCUUCCAUAGCGUCCUCCUGUACUGGUGUCCAAAGAUGCUGGCAUACUCUUAUGCUGGGAUGAAAUGCAGACUGUAUCUUGCAGCUCUGCACUGGAACGAGAAUUCAGACCGCUCUCAAGCAACAAAGUCUGAUGGGUCACCAAUCUACCGUGUCACCUAUCAGAAAGCCAAAGAAGGUCGUCAAACUGUCAGCAAGGUGCUAACUGCAUGUACUUUUGAGUAUGUGAAUGCUUUGAUGGUGGAGACAGUACGACUCGUUUCUGGAAAGCAGAAACUCCGCUCUGAAAUGGAAGAGCUGCAAAACAAACCGCCACUGUCAUCGAAAUAUGAGAGGCCAGACAGGGAGGAGGCUAUUCAGAAGGCACUAGCACAUCAUCGAUUUGCCAUGGAAUAGAAGGAAUAGAAUCGACUGUGUUUAGAAUACUAUUUCCUUUAUUACUGAAAGUUUCACUUGUCUUUUAUCACUGCUGGAACCAUUAGUUUGUUUGAAGCAUCAGUUAGUGUUGUAUGAAAUGUUGAAAAGAAAAAUCCCUGAUCAAGCUAAUUAGAUUGACUAGCUCUGUUUAUAUUUUUCUCGACAGUUAUUUUGCUUUUCCCAAGUCCAACUAUGUCAUUCAUCCUCAGUUGUAGUCUUGAUUUGUAUGCAUUUGUAAAUAUUAAUAAGUGUGGCAAUGUCAUGAUAAUGUGAUAGGCAGGACAAGACAACUGAAAGAUAUAUUCUAAAUUCUAUUUCAGGGGUAUUACAGAGAUAUCCGUUGAUUCUAUUUCUUUUCGAUAGUAAUUUGACUUGGGGUGUCAUCUUGUUACUGUGAGCAAAGGUUAAAAAAAAAAUUCACCAAUCUACAUUGUACUUGCACAAUAGUACAUUGUAUUUUCUCUCUACCAUCAAAGAUCAAACUGUGACCCAUAAUGGUCAGUAAAAGUAACUUUAGAACCAUGGUUUAUGCUGAUUCUAUGCACUGAAUUACCGGAGCUUAUUAGCUAUACAAACAGGUAUUUCUCAUGCAGAUGUUUUUCAUAUUACACAUCAGUCUAAGCACAUUCAUAUGCAUGAAAUUCAGUAGGGAAAUCACAUUUGUUGAGCAAUGCCCGUGUUAGCUGGAAAAGUCUGCUGUGAAUAGGUAUACUUUUUCCUGUGGUGUCUUUGUUAGCUGUAUAAUGUAUAUACAUGAUUUUUUUUUUUCAAUUUAAAUGCCAGCACAGGUCAAUUAGUUUGUGUGGGCUAGACUGGCCCAUACCGGCUUCUAUUGUUGUGAACCUACAUACUUUUCAGCAUAUGAACAAAUCUUUUGGCACUGAAAAAAAUUCCUGUCUCCUUACAUCUAACUUAGUGUAACAGCAUAGAUAUGGCAGCCUCUGCCUGUACUAUUAUGAUAAAGCUUGACCAAACUGUAUGAUUUGUUGAUAAAAAAUGUGUUUUCAAUUUUUUGUUAUUUUGAUGAUGUGAAUAUCCGUGGGAGUACUUCUGCCAAAGUAAUAGAAUAUACAAGUAGCUGUAUGUAAGAAAAGUGUAGGCAGUCUGUUGUGAAUAAUACAACAUUGCUUGAUAAUAUCAGGAGGAAGUACUGGCUAGAAGCAAGGUGUUACAUUGCAUUAAAAACAGUUUGUGUUGUCAAACAAAUGGAAUGGUCCUUGUUUUGAUAAAAUUUGUAACCACAUCUACACUUUGUUGAAUUGGCAAGACUGCUAAAUUUUGAUUGGUAUGUAAAAGAGCACUUUGAUGGAGGCAGUUGAAUAAAUGAUUUCAUAUCAAAGUUAUUAGUAUUUAUUUUUGUAUUUAUGUAUAGUAUUUUUUUUUUUUGUUCACAAGUACAUUUAUCCUUUCACAAUACAUUUCAUACAUUCAUAUCCGUUCUACUAGUGAGUUUGAUAGUAUGAUAAAGCUUUCUAUUCUCUGCAGAUAUAUUCUGAAAAUGUCAUAUUUGAAAAAAAAUAUACCCCAAUGUUAACUGGCAAUUUGAAAAAAUAGGUCAUCGUGUAUUUAUCAUGUUAUAAAUGGGAUAGCAGUGAUAUGUUGAUUUCUGUCCUUGAUUGCGCAGUGGAUUACAAGGAUCAUUGCACUGUAAGUUUGGUCAGGUUAUUUGGUGAGCUUCAUUUAUCAUUUUACGAAUCCACACCUUUAUGCUCAUGAAACUUGACCCAUCUUACAUGGUCUCAUUUUAAAGCCUACCCCCCGUCCCUAUUUUUUUUUUACUCUGAGCCUGAAUGUGCCUAUGUGUUGGAAGAAAGUUACAUGUAGUAUUGAUUGUACAGUCAACCUUGCAGAAGUUAAAUGGUUGCCAUUGAAUGUUUUUAAAGUCAUCCCACUGAUCUUAAACCUUCACAGGUGGAAAAAAUUAAGUCCAAACUUUUUAUUUAAUUCCUGGAUUUGACUUAGGCAAGGUUGACAUGCAAUAACACAGGUCAGCUUUGGUUGAUGCUUUCAGUAGGUGCUGGUUUGGUGUGUGAUCAUGUAGAAACUAACAAGGGGCCACAACACAAAGCUUAGCAAUGAUCAUAGAUCAUCUUUCUACAAUUGAUUGUAUUGACUACAAUGUAGAUUAAUAGCUAACCUUUGCGUUAUGGGACCAUGGUGUGCAAGGGGCAGCAAUACAAGAAGAUUUUGCAAAGGGCCAAU